AUGUACCGGAGCUUGUACACGGCAGACUAUGGAUGUCAGCAGGAGCAGCAGCCGCCCAGCGAGGAGCGCUUGGAGUGUUGUGUUAUAUCCUACCUCACUGUGUCUCCAUUCACAUAUGACUUCUUUCUGCAGAAGCUAAAGCUUGCAGAUUCCCAGCUAAAAGCCAAGGAAUUUGCAGUACCUCAAGGGCAGCGUUUGAUGAACUACUGGGAUCAUGUGGUCAGAGAGGGCAAAGAAGUCACCUCAAGCCCAUGCAGUGAAGCGAACAGGCAUUCUGAUGACAUGCCAGAGAAGCAGGAAGAAAGCUAUCUACCAAAAUACCAGUCUGUCACUGAAGAAAGAGCAGCCCAGAAGGAGAAACUGGAGAGGCCACAGGCUCUCACUAAGCCAGAAAAAGAGCUUUCUUAUUCCCAGUGUCCUCCGGCUGCAGUUCAGACUCCUGGAACGGAAGGGAUGUUGCUGCGCAAGCAGAAGCUGGCUGAGGGCUGGGCUACCUACCAGCAAUUCAUCUUGGAGACGUGUCGGGCAAGGCAAUUUAAAGCUCAAGAAAAUAGGAGCAUGGUCUUGGGAUCAUCUAUUUUGGGGGAAGAGUGCUUUGACUGUGACCACAGAAGUACCUACAAGACAGAUUUCCAGCCCUUGCUUGGAGCCCGUGGUGGAUACUGUAAAGCAAAUAGGACUUUCUCACACAUUUUUACUGAAGAUGAGUGCUUUAACCAGAACUACUGGGUAUCAGAGUAUGAGGACAACUACAGCAUUUUCUUGAACAGACUAACCCGGUCACCCCAAAUCCCCGCUGUGGGGAUGUGCUCGGCCAUAAAGCCCGUCCCACAUCUCCCCCACAUGCUGUCCUCUCAGGAUGUGAUUGCAGUGGACACAGCCCAGUGA